UGUUCGAGUUUUAGAGGAAAGUUCUCGGGGAGACGUAGUGUCUGUACAUGACUGGUGAUGAUGUUAAGGUGCUGCUCCUGUUGUUGUGUUUGUGAAGGAGCGCUGAGGUGUAUUUCUCACGAGCGUCGGUGGACGGAGCUCUUUCCGCACAGCGCGCGAGACUCUCAGUCGAGGGAACGCGAAGCGAGGAGAAGGUCUGCGUGACUUUGGAAAGAAGCUCCUGAGAAACUGAACUCGAGUCCGGCGCAUUUUUUUUGCUUCAGCUCUCCGUCCGCUGGUGAAUGCGAUGUCCCGCUGUGUAUUUAAUGCCACGUCCUGACAGACCGAGAGCUGAGGAAAAGCCGUUAAAGACAAGGCGCGUGCUGAGGCCAUCAGUGUGGAGUAGCGGAGGAGACAGUGGUGCAGCGGGCAUGUGUGGCGGGCAGAGUUUCGGCUGGAGACGCACACACACACUCGUGCCCCGGUUCUCGGAGCAGGUUGCUGAAGGCUCUUUGAUGGCCCGGCUACUGCUGCUGCUUCUUCUUCCUCUUCUGCUGGGAUUCAGCUCUAACUUCACUCAUGCGAACGUGCUGGACGCAAUGCUGUUGAGGAAUUCUGGGAAGGUGACGCUGGAUAGCCGAAAGGAGGACAGUAGGAGCUCAGUGCCCGUGCUGCCUGAGAGGACACUGUGGUGCCACUGUUACCACCACUGUCCAGAGGACUCCGUCAACAACACCUGCAGAACUGAUGGCUACUGCUUCACCAUGGUGGAGGAGGAAGAGGGCGGCCCCCCGACGCUCACCUCAGGCUGUUUGGGAUUGGUGGGCUCUGAGUUUCAGUGCAGGGUGAGGAAGCUCUUUUGCAGAUUUUUAUUCUGGCGCUUAGUCCAGAAUUUUAUUUUGUUUUUGUUUAUUGUAUCUCGUUUCUUUAAAAUCAAUAAACAAAUCCCUUUUUUUUUUUUGUUUUUGUUUUUUGCUCUUCAGGAUACGGGGAACUCUCGUUUGAGGAGGGCGCUGGAGUGCUGUACUGACCAGGACUACUGCAACCGAGACCUUCACCCAACCCUGCCUCCGAUCAACACGCCUAAUUACGUGGACAACAGCAUCCACCAGAUGGCUCUGUUCAUCUCUGUGGCAGUGUGCAGCAUCAUCCUCAUCUUUAUCAUUGUGUUCUGUUACUUCAGGUACAAGCGUCAGGAGCUGAGGCCCCGCUAUACUAUCGGUCUGGAGCAGGAUGAGACCUACAUCCCUCCAGGAGAGUCUCUGAAGGACCUGAUCGAGCAGUCUCAGAGUUCAGGCAGUGGCUCGGGACUCCCCCUGCUGGUGCAGCGCACCAUAGCUAAGCAGAUCCAGAUGGUGAAACAGAUCGGAAAGGGACGCUACGGGGAGGUGUGGAUGGGCCGCUGGAGAGGUGAGAGGGUGGCUGUCAAGGUGUUCUUCACCACUGAGGAGGCCAGCUGGUUCCGAGAGACCGAGAUUUACCAGACCGUCCUCAUGAGGCAUGAGAAUAUACUAGGCUUCAUCGCGGCAGAUAUAAAGGGAACAGGUUCAUGGACGCAGCUGUACCUGAUCACGGACUACCACGAGAGCGGCUCUCUCUACGACUACCUCAAAUCCACCACGCUGGAUACGCGGGCACUGCUGCGCCUGGCGUACUCGGCCGUCUCAGGGCUCUGCCACCUGCACACCGAGAUCUUCGGCACACAGGGCAAACCGGCCAUCGCGCACCGUGACCUCAAGAGUAAGAACAUUCUGGUGAAGAAGAACGGCACGUGCUGCAUCGCCGACCUCGGCCUAGCCGUCAAGUUCAUCAGUGACACCAACGAGGUGGACAUUCCUCCUAACACACGCGUGGGCACCAAGCGCUACAUGCCCCCAGAGGUACUGGACGAAACCCUGAACCGCAACCACUUUCAGUCCUACAUCAUGGCUGACAUGUACAGCUUCGGCCUGAUCCUGUGGGAGAUCGCCAGGAGAUGUGUGUCAGGAGGAAUCGUGGAGGAGUAUCAGUUGCCUUACCAUGACCAGGUACCCACAGACCCGUCCUAUGAGGAUAUGAGAGAAGUGGUGUGUAUAAAGAGACAGCGGCCCUCUUUUGCCAACCGCUGGACCAGCGACGAGUGCCUGAGGCAGAUGGGCAAGCUGAUGAGCGAAUGCUGGGCACACAACCCAGGCUCCCGCCUCACCGCCCUAAGGGUAAAGAAAACUCUGGCCAAAAUGUCCGAGUCGCAGGACAUUAAACUGUGAGGGACGCUCAGACCGCUCCAACAGACUUCGGAGAGUCCGCUCCAAGCCGAGCGACAGGCUCAGAGCGGCCCCAUUCUGCUUUCUGUGAAAGCUCCCAGCCAGCAGAGCACAGGACAGGUUGCGCCCCCUGCUGGUGUACACCAGAGAGAGCCUCGGGCCAUCACGUCGUCCCCCACAGUCUUUUAUUUAAUGUCAUGCCUUUCUACUAUGGUUCUGUUGGCUUUUUUAUUUUAUUUUAUUUUAUUUAAUGCUGUUUAUUUCAUUUUCAAUGAAAGGUAAGAUAUGCUCGAUGAAAAAGGUUGAAAAAAACCCCACCCCCAAUCUAUUGUUAUAUUCUUCCUGUCCUUCCAUUUCACGAAAUGUGUACGGCAGAUAUCAGAACUUGAAGACAUGUUUUAUAUGUAUAUUUAUAUAUAUGCUUGUGUUUCACGUUAUCGCUGCCAUUUUGAGCACAGAACAGGGGCAUGCAUCAUUCACAUUCGCCUUAAUACACUCCACUACGUACAACGUACCGUCCCUAUAAUGAUCAGUUCCGGACACGAUACCCUGCGGUCCUUUACCCACGCGGACGCUCCUCGAGGCGCUAAAGAACAGAGAG